AUGGCAACGUACCCUUCGUGGCCCGACGACCUCUUUGGUGAGCCCGUGCACCGAAGUAGUGCGCCGCUGCGCAGCGUCAGUAAGCUGCGACCGCCGUCGCCAACGCUCGUACCUGUCGUACAAGAUGGUGGCGACCGGCGGCGGCUAUGGCAAGCGCAGCCGCACCUGAGCGACGUCCAGUUGAAGACGCUGAUCGAGCCACGAACGUGCGCUUUUCAAAUCGUCUGCAAGCAGGCUAAGGCGACGCGCAAGUGCUACCACUGCACCAAAUUCGACCCGACCAAGACAGGGCUCUACUGCGAUGCGUGCUUUGAUGCUCGUCACCCGGCCGUGCGCAUGGAGCAUUCGUGGAGCCUGCUCGAGGACGACGAGCUGGACGAAGAGAAGCAGUGGCUCGCCCACCUCGCCCGGCACAAGAUGGCACAGGACUACAAAGAGCUCGAGCUGCUGCUUGGCCACACGACGUCGUUUCUCGCGUCGUCGACGAAGACGACACGCGACAACAACCGGGAUGAGCACGUUGAGAAAGCUUUCAAGGACAUGAAGGCGAUCGACCACAACAUUCGAGAGCUCAUGCACGAUGUCAAGACGCAGCUUCGCGUGCGCAACUUGCCGCAAGCCAUCGCCGUGCGCAAGAUCCAAGACAUGUGGAAGGUCCGGAAGGCGCGGAACCGACUCAAGCUCAUGAUUCAAAGCAUCUACGCCGAGAUGGUCGACCCAACGUCGGGUCAAGUGUACUACCUCAACAAACGCACCCACCAAGUCCGGUGGGACAAACCCAAAGCACUGCAGAGCAGCAGUCCCAAGCGGCGACGCAAGCUGUGCACAGCCGACGCCGCACUGUACAUUCAACGCGCCUUUCGGUCCAUGCGCGCCCGCAAGGCCAUGCGCCGGCUCCUGCGGAGCGUCUAUGUCAAGCUCCAAGACCCCAUGACAGGCAAUUUCUACUACUACAACAAGCAGACCAAGACGACGUCGUGGACCAAGCCUAAGCUCUUGGGUAGCGAAGAGUUCGAAGCGCCGCGGCGCCGGCCCUUGACGCCGCAUGUCGCCGCCAGCAUGAUUCAGCGCAUGCUGCGGUGCGCGGUGGCUCGGCGCCACCUGCGACGUCUCCUCUCGCGCGUCUAUCAAAAGAUUUAUGAGCCAAGUCUCGGCCGACACUACUACUACAACGUCAAGACCAAGCACGUGACGUGGACCAAGCCGAGGUGCAUCGACGACGCGGAGCUGCUCACGCCACGGUCGUUUGCGCAACUGGCGUCCGACGAAGACGCGGCGGCGCGCCAGCAACGACUGCAUGUCAUACGAGGCUUCUCGCUCGACGAUGCGGCGUCGUACGUGCAACGCCGGGUGCGGGUCCACCAGGCGCGCGCCCGCCUGCGCAGGAUGGCGCAAGAAGCCUACGUGGCCAUUUUGGAUCCAACGUCUGGCGCUUACUUUUACCACAAUACCCGGACCGGCGUCGUCUCGUGGAGUCGUCCUGCCGUUCUUGGCAAGGCCCUUGGUCCUUAA